GAUCAUGGAAAGAGCUGAAGAUGUCAGCUCGGUCACGUGAUCAGCUGUGUCCAAUCACAGCUGAUCACAUGGGACAUGUACACUGAACAUCAGGGCACUGAUGAUCAGUGUGCCCUGAUGAUCAGUGUAGCCCCAGCAGUGCCACCUGUCAGUGUCCAUCAGUGCCACGUGCCAGUGCCCAUCAGUGCCACAUCAAUGCCACAUAUCAGUGCAUACCAGGGCACAUCAAUGCCACAUAUCAGUGCCCAUCUGAGCUGCCAUUCAGUGUCACCCAUCAGUGCCAGUCAGUGCCACCUAUCAAUGCCAAUCAGUGCCACCUAUCAGUGCUGCCAAUCAGUACCACUUAUUAGUGCCAGUCAG